GUGGAGGAAAUGGUUCACUCUCGUCCCCAUCCCUUGUCCAGGCUUGCUAUUGUGCGCCAGUGAUUGACAGGACCACGCGGCUGAGCGCGCCCCGGAGGUUUUUCUAUAAACGGUUUAAAACCCUAGUGGAGACUAUUUACUCGGGACAUAAGGGAGACAAUUACCUUCUUGUUCUUUGCUGGUGAACCCUGGCUCUGUAGGGCGAACCAAGAAUAUAACCAGUCUGCCCUGAGCCGGCGGUGGAGGACAAAAACAGCCGCGACCUCAGGCGGGGUAGAAAGCGAAGGGCAGCACUCCACGGGCGCUCGGGUUUGGGGCUCGCUCCCUGGGGUUUGAUCCUCCUUUUCCUGCUCGCUUGAGUGUCGGAGCGGAGCACAGGGUGUAAUGGACUGCGAUAAUGGAUGCUCCGCGGCAUGUACCGGACAAGCAGGAUCAAGAGAGGUGGUGGGGACUUUUAAGGCCAGAGAUCUAAUAAUCACACCAGCCACCGUUUUAAAGGAAAAGCCAGACCCAAGUACUCUGGUUUUCGGAACUGUUUUCACGGAUCACAUGUUGACAGUGGAGUGGUCCUCAGAGUUUGGAUGGGAGAAACCACAUAUCAAGCCUUUUCAAAACCUGUCAGUGCAUCCUGGCUUGUCAGCUUUCCACUAUGCAGUGGAAUUAUUUGAAGGAUUGAAGGCGUUUCGAGGAGUUGAUAAUAAAAUUCGACUAUUUCGACCAAAUCUCAACAUGGAUAGAAUGUACCGAUCUGCUGUGAGGGCAACUUUGCCGGUAUUUGGCAGGGAAGAACUUUUAGAGUGUAUUCAACAGCUUGUGAAAUUGGAUCAAGAAUGGGUCCCAUAUUCAACAUCUGCUAGUCUGUAUAUUCGUCCUACGUUCAUCGGAACUGAGGUGCAAACUGACUCCCUAUUUUGGGGUACUUCGCCUUCUCUUGGAGUCAAGAAGCCUACCAAAGCCCUGAUCUUUGUAAUCUUGAGCCCAGUGGGACCUUAUUUUUCAAGUGGAACCUUUAGUCCAGUGUCGCUGUGGGCCAAUCCAAAGUAUGUGAGAGCCUGGAAAGGUGGGACUGGGGACUGCAAGAUGGGAGGGAAUUAUGGCUCAGGUCUUUUUGCCCAAUGUGAAGCAAUGGAUAACGGCUGUCAGCAGGUUCUGUGGCUCUAUGGAGAGGAUAAUCAGAUAACCGAAGUUGGAACUAUGAAUCUUUUUCUUUAUUGGAUAAAUGAAGAUGGAGAAGAAGAACUGGCAACUCCUCCGCUAGAUGGCAUCAUUCUUCCAGGAGUGACAAGGCAGAGCAUUCUGGACCUGGCACACAAAUGGGGUGAAUUUAAGGUGUCAGAGCGGUAUCUCACCAUGGAUGACUUGACAGCAGCCCUGGAGGGGAACCGAGUGAGGGAGAUGUUUGGCUCUGGGACAGCCUGCGUUGUUUGCCCAGUUUCUGAUAUACUGUACAAGGGUGAGAGAGAGUUAGAUGUGGAGGCCAAUCAUUCAUCCUUGGAGAUUCUCAGAAUGCUGGAAGAGACUGUACACAUUCCAACUAUGGAGAAUGGUCCUAAGCUUGCAAGCCGGAUUUUGGACACGUUGACUGAUAUUCAGUACGGAAGAGAAGAGAGCGACUGGACAAUCGUAGUAUCCUGAAUGGAAAGUACAGGAUAUCAUCUGUGUGCUAUUGGGACAGACUGUUGCAUUUGAAUUAUGAUAAAUUUCUUUGGCUACCCAUUUUUAGUUGUGCACAAUGUAGUUUGUAUUAUCAGUGUUCCCAGGGUGGUUGUUUCCUCGUGCCAGAGCAAAUGAAUUACAAUCAUUGAAUUGUGUUUUGUAAAGUUGAGAAUAGAUGCUUACCUGACCUUCUCUUAGAAAGAUGAUAAUGUAAGCCAUGUAGCGUAGAAUUUUCCUCAAUAAUCCCAGUGCCUCCCUUAGUACUUCACUCAGAUACAAAAAUUUUUGUUUAUUCUUUAGUAUAAGUUAUGUUCUGCUCCUCAACCAAAUGAGGUUUUUUAUGUUUCAAAGCUGAUUUGAGUAAAUUUCAUAGGUAACAUUUCCUGUGACACAUCUUCAUCCUCAGAAAGUGUUUUAUUUUUUUAAAAUCAAGACUUGGAAGAACUGGAUUUCCUCCCAUCACAUUUUUUUCCAGGCCCCCUAUGUCUAUAAUAAGGUAAAUCUGCCCCUUCUUCCUGGUGUCACAGUCUACUCCAAGCUCACUUUGUGCAUCAGCAAGACCCGUGCACAUUUCCACCAUUGCCCUUUCCACGUUGUAUUGCUGUUGGCUGUUUGUCAGGCUCCACUACAAGACCGAGGGUCUUGUGCCUUAGACAUCUCUGUAUCCCACUGCCUGGCACAUAAUAGGUACUCGGUAAAUAAUGAAUGAAUGAACAUUUACCUUCUAUAGAAGUGUACCUUCUUUGUUUCUAUAUUAUGAAACCUCUUUAUUAGAAUUUGUGAUUGAUUCUGACAUUGUGUAUAUUUACCUCAUAUUGUCUUUAUUUUCGAAGGACUGCUAAGUCAUUAGAGAUACUCAGAGGCAUAAUUUGUUGGAGGAGUUAUUUCAUAUUUGAAGACUGUCUUGGAAUUGAAGUAAUAGCUCUAGGGAGGUCUUGAUAUCAUACCAACCAAAUGGAAAUGACAUAUGUUAAGUGUUAAAUACAUAUAUGUUAAGUGUUAAGAACAAAAUAAUAAAUCAUUAUAUUUAGUUUUUUUGGCAGAAGGCAAAGAGGUAUACUCUAGUUUUUAUACUAUGGUUUUGUAUGUGAUCAUUUCUGCUGAAUGGGGAUUGGAUGAGCACAUGGUUAGGGUACAGGGAGAGCAAUUACAGAAGAUAUUUUCCUCGUUUAGGAGCUGUGAGUUAAAAUCAUAUCCUGGUUUAUCUAGGGGAAAGUCAAAUCUUGAUAGAAAACAUUUACCCUUGAAAGGUCAACUCUCAGACACUAUAUUUUGGUUUCCUUCAGUCCUGAUAACUUUCAUCUUGCUGAUCAUAUUUCAUUCUCUUUUCAGAGCAAGGAAAAAAACAUUCUUAAAAGUUUAAUGUGUUGGAAAAAUUUCCUUCAGGCAUGUAGCAGCACAUAGCAAAUGGAGCUUUGAUUCUUUUCCAAGACUUUUGGCCAUCGGGUCUUUUUAGAUAGGAAUGGUAAAGUGAAAAUUAGGGAAGUAUAAGAUGAAAAGGAAUGUUAAAAAUAUCUUUUAGGGGGCUUUUAAUUGGUGAUCUGAAAUCUUGGGAGAGUCUUGUUCUUUUCAGGCCUCGGGUGCUGUACACAUCCUCUACACACGUUCACCAAGGAGCAUUCGAAGGGUCUGUGUUUGCCUUGGCUAAAUCCGGUGACCUGUUUUUAAUAUAGUAGUCUAGAAAAGUCUUCUAGGUAAUUCUAACCUGUCAAGUAGCACAUAAUAACUGGACUCAUUCUUAUGAGAAAUGGAAAUCAUUUGUUUGCCCCAAUACGUUUUAUACUUUGCAUCUUUAAAUUUAGUAUGGCAGGACAUGUCCAUUCUAAAAGUUAGAGAACAAUAUAUCUUGACAUUAUGUCUGUAUGAUUUCUUUCAUCAAACCUUAAGAGUAUUUUAAGCCCUUCCUAUGAGACACAGUGAAGACUAAGGAUAUACAUUCUAAAAAACUAGAGGUCUCCUAAAACAGAGGACGUAAUCUGUCAUUCUCGUGUAAGUAAUAAGACAGGAAAUUGACCUUGACACUAACUUGUUAAAUAGAUUUAAAAGGAACAUCUGCACAUCUUUUUUCCUUGUGCACUAUUUGUUUAAUUGCAGUGGAUUAAUACAGCAAGAGUGGCACAUUAUAACUAGGCAAUUAUCCAUUCUUCGAGAUUUAGUUAUUGUAACACUAAUUGAUCAUUUAAGGCGUAAGAUAGUCUAGCAUUAAGAACAUGUGAGGCUAAUCUGCUCAAAAAGAUCAACAAAUUAAUAUUGUUGCUGAUAUUUACAUAAUUGGCUGCAAUUAUUUAAUGUUUAAUUGGGUUGAUCAAAUGAGAUUCAGCAAUUCACAUGUGCAUGAAUAUAAACAGAACUGGUGGCACUUAAAAUGAUAAUGAUUAACUUAUUUUGCAUGCCUCUUCCUCCUACUUUUUUCAGUUUUCACAUUUCAGACCAAGUUUGUCAGCUUUUUCCAAAACACAUCAGUAGAAACCAAGAUUUUAAAACGAAGUGUUCAGACAUAGACAAAACCAGAGCAUUUCCUAAAAAUAUUUGCUAUUAGAAAUUUUCUUUGUUACAGUCAUUUAUUAGGGAUUCAACUCAUGAUACGCCAAAACAAGAGUCAACUUCAGGGAUGUACACCAUGCUGUCUAGUACCUGCAGCUGGCAGGAAUGAAUAAACUAAUAAUACCUAUUUUAACUUGGCUUUCAAAAGUACAAAGGAAAAGUAAAAGGGAAAGAGAAAUAAUUAAGAAACCUUGUUAGAGAUUCAUGUUUUUUUCUAGCUGGUAAACACCCUCUGUUCUUUUCUCAAAAGAUUGUCAUGGGCCAGCCCCAUGGCGUAGAGGUUAAGUGUGCGCGCUCCGCUGCGGGUGACCCGGGUUUGGAUCCUGGGUGCGCACUGAGGCACCGCUUGUCAGGCCAUGCUUUGGCGGCGUGCCAUAUAAAGUGGAGGAAGAUGGGCACAGAUGUUAGCCCAGGGCCAGUCUUCCUCAGCAAAAACAGGAGGAUUGGCAUGGAUGUUAGCUCAGGGCUGAUCUUCCUCACCAAAAAAAAAAAAAAAAAAAAAGAUUGUCAUACGAAAAAAAUAAGACCAGAGGUAGCAGCAAGAAAGCACAGUGUAACAUCAACUAUAUGACAUGCAAUGUCGUCACUCCUGAAGAUAGGGAAGCCUACAUUAUACACCCUGGGUUAAAAUUCUUCAUCAUAUCAGUUUUGUUGCUUGAUAUAAUUGUACCUAAACAACUGGUCUUGCUUUCCUCGAAUCAGAGCACUCUUGGGCACUUGAAGGCCAUUAGUGAGUAUGUCUUGGUCAAAAGAAUUGUAGGAGACUUUUAUUAAAGGUGCAGCUUCAGCUCUGCUUUAGGGGGUGUGUGCUAUAAAAUCAGCUGCCAAAUAAGCUUCUUUAUUUUCCCUAUUCCCAGUCAGUGCUCAAUCACUGUAUUCUUUUACCUUAAAAAGUUUCUUUUUAAAAUUAUGUGUUCAGUUUACCCUUAUGAUUGAGAAAAAUGUGUUUUAAGCAGAAAAACAACAUUCGUUCGCUUUCAUUGAAUGAUAUUUUCUAAAAUAUUUAGAGCAAUAAAUAUUCAUCAGAUGCACUAAAGCAAAGGGGUUAGAGAAACAUUGUAAGGGUCCCUUAUUUCAUAUCCUGAUUCUAAAUAUGAUCAAAGAAUUCUUCUUUGUAAUGUGGAUUUCUUCUUAUGUGGAUAUGCAGAAACGCAAGUUAUAAAUAGUAAUGCUGGCAAGUAAUUUAGUGGACACUUUUAUAACACCUGUCACUUUGUUUUGCCACAAGUAGAAUUUGUUCAGCUACCUGUUUUCCAGAUGUCUCCCCCCAAAAGGAGGCAAAGGGUACCAACUUUUCAGUAAGUAUUACCUCUUGAUCAAUACCAUGGAGAUUAUAAUUAAUUUGAUCAGUUAAUUUGGUGAAUGUUGAUUGAGUGCCCACAAAUGUGUAUCUAACACAACUAGCAGUAAGAUUUAGGAAGUUAGUUUUAGAAAAUAAAGAGUAUAUAGACAUUACCCUCAUGGAGUUUAUACUCUAUUAUAUAAAUGAAUUUUUAGGUAUAAAAGCAGUGUUUAAUAUAGUUAGAUUAUAAGGAGACGAAGACCAAAGCACAUCUCUUAUCAAGAAAUCACAAUGAACAUUUUCAUCUCAUUUUUUAAGGAAAUUUAUUCUAUUUUUCAUUCCAUUUCCUCUAGUGCGAAACUACUCAGUCAGGUUGGUAUUUAGGGGUUAUUCAGCCACUGCCUACGUGGUGUGAACUACCUCCUGGUUUGCUGCUUACUGCCAACCUAGUACAUUUGUUAGCUGCGUUCUUUUGGAGCAAUGUUAAGUUGUCAUAGUACAUCUGACAAAAGAACACCUCAAAUUACAGCAUCCUUGCUGAUCUUAAACAAGUCAGAUAUUAUUGAAAUAAAGAAAAUAUUCCUAGAGGGAGUUUUUCUGGGAAAUGUCUAUUAUGAAUCAAACUGUUUUGAAUGUUAGCUUGAAAAUGAUGGAUCCAGCUACUCAGAAAAUAACACAUGAAAGACUAACUUUAAUAUAACAAUUUUUCACGGUUUGAGGCUUUAAAAGCAAGGCCAUUUAAAGUAUUACAAAGAGAUUCACUUUUAUCAUUGCCAAAAAGCCCUUUUAAAAUACAAAGGUAGAAGAAAGUGAUUUAUUUUUCAUCUUCAGCAUACAUACCAUAAUAAAACUCUUUUCAGAUAUUAAUUCGGGGAGGUUGAUAAAGAAACAUAUCAACGGGAUAUAGUCGUGUUUGUGGGAAAAUAGUUCCCUGGAUCAGAUAUAUGUAAACAUAUUUGCUUUAAUGAAUGGUAAAAGCAUGAAAUUCAGUCUUAGAAAGAAAAUGAAGUGGUCUUUAAAAUCUGCAGGAUACAAGUAUUGAAGUUUUAAGUAAUCUUAUUCUGUCUGAAAGUAUAUUUUUCAUACCACAAUAGACCCAGUUAAUAAGGCCUGAAACUUGAGUUGCAUAAUGGUCAACUUAGGGAAUCCACUGUUGGGAUGGUAAGAAUUGAUUAUAAGCUGUGAUGUGGAAAUGAAUGAAAAUGUAAUUUCGUUGACAGAUUCUCUGCACAUCCACUCACAAAGGCUAGGUUCCUUCUUAAGCAUUAUUGAAUUAUGGAGAAAAUUUUAAUUAGAGAUAUCAAAGGAAGAACAACUGAAGUAGAGAAAGAAAGGAAUGAUAGAGGGGGAAAAAAAAAUCAAACUUGCUUCUGUGUUGUCUAAAGGAGCUUUUUCCUUACUCUGCCAGCCAUGGGGAUCUUUCAACAUGGGUGCCAAAUACAAAUAGUGCCAAUUAGGAAGUGACUAAGUAUAGUGGCCAGUUCAUCAGAUACUAGAAUUAGACCAUGAUCUUAAGGUAAUAAUUUGAGGGUUGUGUUAACAUGGAAACCACUUUAGAUUGCUACCCAUUUGGAUAAGACUUCAUAAUUGCAUAGUCUAUAAGAUCUGUUGUGUCGUUUCUUCAACCAUUUUAAGAUUUGUGAAGCUUCUUGAAGCUGCAUAGAAUAAGUGACAAGAAGUAGAUUAUGAUGUUAUUUUCCCUUAGAAAUACUAUUUAUCACCAUCACUCUUUCCUUGGGGAAGGCUAACUGAUGUGGAAAUUAGUUGAAUAUUAUCAUUUAGUUUUUAAAUGAAUAUUACCAUUUAGUUUUUAAGUGAAUAUUGUCAUUUAUGGUCAUUAAAGUCAUUCUCAGGGUUAAGAAAGGAAUACAAAUAUCUGCCUCAAUGUCUACUUCAUUGAUAAGUUUUUGAAGAAUGCAGGAAUUCUCUCAAGAGUAUGGCUGGAAGUAGAUUUUGAAUCAAGUCUUAAAAGUAAGCUAGCUCAUCUGUAUGCAUCUAUAAAUUCUGUGGAUAUUUCCCUGAUAACUUACGAGAAUGAAUGAUCCCGCAAUGCACCCAGUUAGCUAAUACAUGGAAUCUAACCCACUGUUGUGAAGAAUUUGUGCUUACUUGAUAGGGUGGCUGAGAGAAAAUGAGUAGUUUGAGAAAGUAGUUUUUAAAUCAGAGUUUAUUGAUAGAAACAUGAGAAUAUCAGCUUAACUAUGGAAUUUUUAGAACGUGUUCUCUUACGUCUAAAUCUGAUUGUAAUGAAAAACCCCAGCCAUUGCUAGUCUCAAGUUUCUCUAGUUGUGUAGUGAUUCUUGAAAUUCUCUUUAAGAAAAAUCAAGUAGAAAGAAAGAAACACUUUGGAAACAAGUCUUGGCUUUCAUGAAAAAUUAAAGGUUAUGUUAAAAGGAUUUAAGCUCACUAAAAGUGUAUUUAUGGAAAUGUGGAAAAUACGGUGGAUAAAGGAAACUACCUCAUUUUUUGAAGGUUUUGUAGAAGCACAAUUAAACAUUCUAAAAUGGCUUUGUUAUAUAUGAACCAUCUGGUGUGAAAGAACUCUAUAUUUGUAAUGUCUAAAGGACCUGGAAUAAUUGUAUUUUGCUGGCAACAGACACAUUCUUUAUUGUUUGCUGGUUUCUCAUCAAAUCUUUAAUUAUACACUGUUCCUAUCAUCAAUAAAACAACUUAAAGGAA